AUGUCGUUGCUGCGCGAUCUACUCGGAGGCAGCGGGGCGAGCGCACCCCCGUCUGCAGCUGCAGUGAGCUUGUCGCGGAGCUCUGCUUCCUUCCAGGCGACGAACGACCGGCACGACUACGAAAUGGUGCAGCUCAUCGGUAUCAAGGCGUCCGGUGCACAUUCCGUGUACCUGUGCAAAUUCAAGCCCACCCAAGCGCUCGUUGCUGUCAAGAAGGUGUCGCUGGAGCACGUCGAGUAUAGUGCAUGGGAAGCUGAGAUGGAGGAAUUGCGGCGGUUGCGGUGGCUCAAGCAUCCCAACAUCAUUUCAGUCAGUCACACAUUCAUCUCCAGACACGAGCUCUAUGUUGUAUCGCCGUUUUUCUCGGGUGGCUCCUGCGGCACCUUGUUGCAACACACUUUUAAGUCUGGGCUAUCCGAGCCUCUUAUUGCCUACCUAUUGCGAGAAACACUUCGAGCUCUGGCUUACAUUCACAGCAAUUGGUUUAUUCAUCGUGAUGUCAAAGCCAGCAAUAUCAUGUUCGAUUCAACAGGCGCCGUUGCGUUGCGCGAUUUGAGCCACGCUGUUAGUAUGCUGCGCGAUGGCAAGCGGCAAUACAUUGCCUACCAAUUUGCCGGGAGCAGUCCAGAGUCUGUGCCCUGGACUGCACCCGAAGUGCUCGAGCAAAAUCUCCUUGGGUACGACAACAAGGCCGAUAUUUACAGCCUUGGCAUCACCGCACUCGAAUUAGCAACGGGUCAGGCGCCCUAUUACGGUCUUCCGCCAACCAAGAUCCUGCUGCUCAAGCUCCUUGGACCGUCACCACGUCUCGAGGACAUGAUUCUGGACAGCCACAUGCGGUUUUCAAAGUCCUUCCGGACGUUUAUCGACCUGUGUCUCAACCCCGAUCCGAACGAGCGGCCUUCCGCCCUCAAGCUCCUAGACCAUCCGUUUUUCAAGCAGCGAAUCAAGCGCGACUCUGCCUGGAGCGCGACGCUUGCUGCUUCGUCCGAGGAUUUGCGCAUCUUUGACGACGAGUCUGCAAGAUCGAGUGCCAUGCUCGACGACCAAGACAAUGGCCAAGACAAUGGCCAAUACAAUGGCCAAGACAAUGGACAACCAGCCAACUAUGCCGGAGACGACUCUAUGCUCGAUGCAGCAGAUUCGGUGGCAACAUUGCAACCAACGUUUUCGGCUGCUCAAGUGCACGACCUCAACGCCCCCGAAUUGAAAGAGUCCGAGUGCUUGUAG